AUGUGUGCGGAGAUGCCCAGACAGCUACCAGAAGAAGUGUCGCACAGAAGCCGGCAAAUAUCUGGCGUGUAUGGAAGAGAACAAAUCCUGGAAGUCGCAAACGCGGUUCACGUACAUGCGAUUUCUGGAGCAUUUCCGCCUCUUCACAGAAGGUUCUGGGGGCCGAGAGGAAGGAAUUGGCCGGUUCUUGUACAAAGAUCCGACUCCCAGGACCCAUGGUGUCGGCACCGUCAUGGAAUUUGGCCGUACGGAGGGUGGGGCUAG